CCUAGAGUGGGUUGACGUUGUUGUUGUAAGUGGAGUGGAAAUUACUUUGCGGCUGAUGGUCCGCCUUGGGGAUUUGACGCCGAGUUGCGCCACGAGAAGAUGCCCUAAAGUUAAGCGCUGUCCAUUUUCAUCGAGAGGAGGAAAGUAGGAGCACGGGAAGCAUGAAAACAUCUGCGGGGCCGGUCAAGCCAUCAGUGCAGACAAGGAGGCUACAAUAGGGAAGUUCCACUUGGCGGAUUCUUGUGACCCAGCCGAGGCCUCGCUGGCAUGCCGCGGGCCGACGGAGAGAACGCAGCCGCCCCCAGAAAAAGAGAUGGCCCGACUCGCACGGCCCGUACUGCAAAGACAAGAUGACGUGGCGACCCAAGCUGCCGAAAAGCGUCAGACGAGGGGAGUCCCGUCCCGCGACCCCUCGCCCGCGGCGGCCUCCCUGGCGCACGCGCCCGCCUCUGUCCCCGCGGGGGGCGAUGACGAGCAACUGCUGAACACGCCCGAGUCCACCUUCCAGCUGCCCGACCUGAGCAUGUACCAGGACGACUUCCAAGUCAGUGAGAGGGACCUGAUUGAGAAAUCCAUGAUGGUGGCCCUGGAGCAUGCUGGGCGCCUGAACUGGUGGACCAAAGCGGUUCCCAACUGUCAGAGUUUGCUGCCGCUGACGACCACCGGAGACGGAAACUGCUUGUUGCACGCCGCCUCGCUCGGCAUGUGGGGCUGUCACGACCGCGACCUGUCGCUGCGCAAGGCGCUGCACCAGCAGAUGGUUUGCGGCCGCGAGCAGGAGGCCCUCAAGCGCCGCUGGAGGUGGCAGCUGACCCAGCAGAACAAAGAGUCGGGCCUGGUCUACAGCGAGGAGGAGUGGCAAAAGGAGUGGAACGAGCUGCUGAAGCUGGCCUCCAGCGAGCCCCGCGUCAGCUACGGCAGCCACGUCAACAGCAGGGGGGAGUCGUCAGAUGAGCCCGUCUACGAGAGCUUGGAGGAGUUCCACGUCUUUGUGCUGGCCCACGUCCUCAAGCGACCCAUCGUAGUGGUGGCCGACACCAUGCUGAGAGACUCUGGUGGAGAAGCGUUUGCCCCCAUCCCGUUCGGGGGAAUCUUCCUCCCCAUGGAGGUGGCACCCGGCACCUGCCACCACUCCCCGUUGGUGCUGGCCUACGACCAGGCACACUUUUCGGCGCUGGUACCCAUGGAGCGGACGGACGGCUCGGCCGAGCAAGUGGUGAUCCCGCUCACCGACUCGGAGCACAAAAUGCUUCCUCUGCACUUUGCUGUGGAUCCGGGGAAAGACUGGCAGUGGGGCAAGGACGACACCAACAACAAGAAGCUUGGCAGUGUGUCUCUGUCCUUGGAAGCAAAGCUGCAGAUGCUUCACAGCUACAUGAUCGUCAAAUGGCUGCCGCUGCCCUGCGAGCAAGCGCCACUGGCCCAGCCCGAGUCGCCCACCGCGUCGGCCGGAGAUGAUGCCCGCACACCUCCCGACUCCGGUGAGUCGGACAAGGAGUCGGUCAGCAGCAGCUCCAACGGCAACGGAGACGCCGGCCCCGCGGGAUCCGCGGUCAACGGUGGCGGCGGGCCCUUGGCCAAGAACAACUCAUCCACUUCAUCCGUGUCCUCAAACGGCGGCACGCCCCCGAUGGAUCAAAAAGACAAAGCCAAAAAGGAGAAGGAGAAGAAGAGGGCAGAGUCGGUGGCCAACAAGCUGGGCAGCUUCGGUAAGACGCUGGGUAGCAAGCUGAAACGGAACGUGGGCAAUCUCAUGACGAGCAAGAAUGGGGGCGGCGGACACGGUAAGAAGGAGGGUGGGCACAAAAAGAAGGGCUCACUCGGGGUGGACAAGGACAGCGCCCCUCCUUCGCCCCACCUGUCCGAAGACUCUGGGAAGGGCUCGCCCUCGUUGGGUAGCGAGCGUCUCAAUGGGACGGGCGGCAGCUCGGAGGGCGAGCCCAACAAGUACGGCGCUGACGUCAAGGCCAGCCUAGGCAACAUAAAGGCUGCCAUGCACGGCGAGAGGAAGUUUGUCUUCGCCGGCAUGCUGACCACCGACAACCAGCACCCGCUGCGGAAACAGAGGAUCCAGCGCUACCUCACAGAGGUGGAGGAGCGCUCGCGGGCCGAGCAGGAGCAGCGGCGUGAGGCCGAGCGCAAGGGCGCCGCCUACGCCGCUGCAGCGUCACCCAAAAAUGGGCUGCCAGCGGCGGAGCCGGCCGAGAACUCGUCUGCCUCAUUCAAGGGCUCCCUGCUGAGCCCCGCCAUGUACUCUGGCACAAUGCCCAUCCCGCGGCCCUCCCUGAUAGAGCAGCCGCCCUUGGCGGCGCACCUCCACACGCACUACAUGGAUAAUCGGCGCCAGUUGGCCGGCGGCUCGCCCGCCACCUACCCAUCGUACAUCACCCUUCCAAGACACUGCUCCGCGGCGCAGGGGAGCUCCCUUAACCAUCCUAAUCCCCCUCAAUCUAAUAAUCCAGAUCCGGUACCCUCGUACCCACCAAACUGUACGGGGUUCGGCUCCUCCAACAGCUUCCUGGAGCCCGGUAGUGCGCUGGCGUCAAUGCGCCACUACUCCCUGGGUAGCGUGGGCACUCUCCCCGAACUCUGUCGGACCCCCAACUGCGUCUACUACGGACUCCCCGAGACGGGCAACUACUGCUCCUCCUGCUACCGCAAUACCAAGGAUGCGGUGCCCGCCAUCCAGAGGUUCUGAUCUGGAUCGCCCCAGACACGUGGCCUUCUUCAGUUCACUUGGGGCACAAAUGGCUAGCCCACUACCGCUUCCCGUCUCAGGGAGAUGUCUUGCAAGUACGUGCACCUCAUGCUGGAUUCCUUUUGGAAUAAGCUGUUGGAGCCCUUAGUCCAUAUCCAGCUGAAGUCAUAGGCAAGAAAAGAGCCGCUGGUCCUCCGCAUUGAGAAGGAGACGGGCUAAGGAGGAAGAACCGAAAACUCUCUACGCAUAGUGAAGUCUCUCUACGCAUAGUGAAGUCAAACGAAAGCACCAACACAGUCUCGGUUCCCGAGUGCCGCAACUUCCGCCGAGGCCGGCCGGGUUUUUUUACUUUGUCUGUUAGUUUUGCGCUUUACCGCUCGCUGCUUUCCGCAAAGUUCUGGGGCACGUUGGUCGCUUUCCCGUCCCUGCACAAAUCCAAGCACUUUUGGUCAGGACCUCCCCCGUGGCUUUGGUGCUGGUCUGAAGCGGCAUUUUCCCACCACGGCGUUCACGGCAGCAGACAUGCGGCAAGGGUUCCGUUUCAUUUCUGAAGCUCCUUGCCCUCGCUAAUAAGACAUUUCGGUGCGCUAAUUGAACAGCUGUUUUACCGCUACUGGUAGCACUUUUGGCCUACUGGUCGGUCAUUGGACCCUUCUAGUAACUGGUAACUUUACCGGGUGUGGUGGCCCCCUGGACUCCACUAGAAGCACCAACGUGCCCAGUGCUCGACUUAAAUAUGUCCGACAACCAUAGCAAAAAAAGCUGACUGGUAAGAUGCAGCUGUUUUAGUGGCUCACUGAAAUGUCGUAAUAAUGACACCAAAGAGUACGAGUCCAUGUUGGAUCUGAAACUUGAUGGCCAAUAAAUGCUCUUAAGGGUUUGGAGCAAAAAGCA